CAAACAAACAUUCUACACCCUUCUCUUACUUUUGUACCUACACCCCUGAUCUCGCACUCCCACAGCACUUUUCUACCUUCCUUCGCCCACUUGCGCCACUCGCAUCCGCAUUACGCUUGCAAACGUCUCAAAUGUCUCCCGCAAGUCCCACAUCUUCAUCCCACUCGCCCCAACCUCAAGCCAGAUUCCUUGUCUUUCACCACUAUCAAGCCGAAUUAGUCCGUUCCACCAUCAUUGGCAUAUACUCGUCUUUGCAAGCAGCCCAGAAUGCUGCCGCCGCCGUACUGGAAGAACAACUAGCCAAGUGCGUUCAGGCUGGCCUUUCAGGCAGGGUCUACAGAGUAAUCGACCUUGAACUGAAAGGUCUAAUCACAGCCGUUACCGACCAGGGCGAAAAGCCCUUGAGCGAGUUCGAGAUACGCCAGGAACAUGUUGUGCAGGUCACCCCGACGGAUCAACUACUUGGCACCUUGAUGCCACUGCUACCAACAUCCUCACCUGCUUCGCCUUCGUCUUCAACUUUGAUCCCUGCCAGUCAAUUAGCCAAAUCUAAGCAAGUACAUCCAGCGGAAAAGGACCCACUCUGGGCGCAAUCACGUGUACCUUUGUUUCGUAGGCGAGACGAGCGACUAUUCAGAGACUCAUGCAUGACCGGGCUCCACACUGAUAUCGAGCGGCAUUCUCCUAGUCCCAAUACUCAACGUGGGCUGCUUCCGUUCGCGGUGAAUGCGGCACCUGUUGUCCAAGGCCAGAAGAUUGCUAGUGCACUAGAUGAUGGACAAGCUGAAUUUCGGGCACUAACACGAAAGCGAGAGCCGGGAAAGGUGCAAAUCCUGCGAAGGUUGGAUCGAGAGACGGUGGAGUAG